UUUUAUUCAUUAAGCCUCUAAUGUUUUCGCUUAUUGCUCAAGUCUUAAAGCUUCUCAUAUUUUUCCAAUCAGGCCCUUGAAAGCUUUUGCAUUAAGCAGCUAACUCCCAAUCCUCUGACCAGCAACUGAUCCGAAUCAAAGAAGAAGAAGAAGAAGAAGAAGAAUUACAAGAUGAUCGUAUGCGUGGCGGUCGUCGGGCAUCAGAACAAUCCACUCUACAUUCAGAGCUUCACUGAGGCGGAUGAUGCUCUUAAGCUUCACCACAUUGUUCACUGCUCCCUUGACGUCGUCGACGAGCGCGUGAAUAAUCCCAAAAAGUCAGGGCCAACUUUGAAUGAGACGUUCCUCGGAUUGCUUUAUCCUACUGAGAAUUACAAAGUAUAUGGCUACUUGACGAACACAAAGGUGAAGUUCAUCUUGGUCACAACUGAUUUGGAUGUCAGAGAUGCGGAUGUCAGAAAUUUUUUCCGGAGGUUCCAUGCUGGAUAUGUCGAUGCAGUUUCCAACCCAUUUCAUGUACCAGGCAAAAAGAUCACAUCAAAAACUUUUGCAGAAAGAGUAAGCAACAUUGUCAAGUCAUUUGGAUUGAGCUCAGCUGGCUAAAUGCUGCCUUUGCGAAUUUUGACAUUUGUUGGCUUUCUUUAUGAAAUGGAGGAUUACUUGUAGUUGUACCUCAUUUCACAUUCUCACUAGGAUAUGAUAGCACUGUAUAAUUUUAAAAUCAUGGGAUCUGAACGAAAGAUGAAACAAGUGAUAUAUCAGUUUUCAUCUCUAAAUAGAUAUGGUUUUCCUUUA